UUAAAACAACGGGAUGCCAGAACACUCGAAUAAUGCCGGUGUUAGUCGCGUUAUAUUAAAUGAUAUACAAUUGAUAUUUUUAAUUUAAAGUUACUGAAGUAUCAUACAAUCGACUAGUUGUGUUAACACGAAAAAUGUGGUGUUUGGAAUCUCUUCUCUAUGAUCUACAGUGAUAUACUAUGAUAUACAACGGAUAUGUUAUAAUAGACCUGGACCAUAACAGUUAUAAUGCUUCAAUUGGGAUAUAGGUAUAUACAUCGUUAAUUUGUCGGUUUUGUGAGUGAUGAGCAUAGUUAGAAAUGACGAAUAACGGCCGGGGAUACCUCUAUCAAACAUGUAUAGAGUCGUAUGGACCAUUGGGCAAUGCUUCCUGAUGUGUUUAUCUAGUGGAUUAACACAUGGGAUUGACAUUAAUAUAGACAAAGGGAUUCAUUCACGUGAUCUACAACCACUGAUCAAAAGCACGGAUAUACUACCCCGUCAAGAUAUUCAUUCUCGUGUCAAGCGGGAUUUAACGAAAUUUCAAACUAUAGCUGAGAAUACGGGCUGGAAGGCGUACAGGAGGGGCUCCACAGAUUUGUCUAUUGUACUGGACCAAAUUAAUCUGAGUGGUAUGUCAUCACAGUCAAUGCUAUCGCAGUACACACAAACAGUAGCUGAAAACGACACAAUGGAAGUUACAGUUGACUCGGAUAUGACCUCUAUGUAUAUAUCUAUAACGGGGCCUACCAUGCUUUAUGAUGCUUUCUUAAGGAACCCAUUAGGUGUCUACGAGUUUGCUGGCAACACGUCAUCAAAAUGGAUGGAGAACAACACCUUGAUUAUGUCUGUCCAGAAACUUCCUGUUGGUACGUGGUUUUUGAUACGGAUAGAUGGCAGAGAAUGGAAUGUCAACAUCACAGCAGACACUGGUAUAAGAAUAGACUUCCAGUUGAUACAGACAGACGGUACCGGCUUCCAUACAAUUCUGGACCGAAGUCCGAUCGCUGGACGAAUGUACACGCUUGCGAUAAUAGCCUCAAAUAUCGACUCGAGUUUCACGGCGUCGUCUUAUUCUCUACAUGACGAGGAAGGUGACCUAAUAGCAAAUGCAACACUCAACAUGUCAUUCACACAUGCAAGGAGUAUUGGGUAUGCCGAAGUAACGAUUCCAUCGUCGACGUUCUACGUACGUUGGGUAGGAUUCGAUUCAAGUGGGUCGCAAUUUACGCGAAUGUCUUGGAAACAGGUGAUCCCGGUCAGUGUCGACCUUGUUGUUCACCCAGUCCUUGGUCUGAUUGGCUCAACUGAAAACAUUACAUACUCGUUGACCAAUAACGCUGCAAUAACAAAGAUAUAUGACGUCACGAUGUCGAGCUCAGUGACGUCCUCUAUUACAAGGGUCCACACCACGAUGGCGUUCGAAACGAUUGACGAUACAUUUGAUAUCACAACUACUUCUGACAUCGACUCUUUAUCCUACGCUGUAGCCGUCAGUGACAAUGGAACGUUUACCACACUACAAUCACGGUCUUAUACACUACAGUUAGUCGGCACUCUCUGUACGACAACCACAACCUCGUAUGGGUGUGGAAAUGUGAAUUCCUCAUGUUCGGCCUACCAGUGGACAGCCACGGCAGUGUUCAACUUUGAUGUGUCCAUGUUUGUAGUGACCACCGGAGUAUCUAUGUCUGACCAUAGCACAGACAAUACACGUCUGUACAUAAGUGGAGACUGUUGUAAUGUGAAUGUCUCUUUGGCUGCCUACUCGGUCAGUGGAGAUGGUUGUCAGGUUAUGAUUCCAUCAGGUUUACCGGAGCAGGAGGAGCAGGAGGGUGAAGAAGAAAGUCAAUCGUUCCGCAAUAUCAUAAUUGGAUCAGUGGUGGCUGUUGUUGCUUUUGGACUUAUCACUGCCGGCAUUUGCAAAUUAUUUGCAAUCAAAAAAGCAAAUAGAGUCCAGUCGAAGGAUUAUACCACAGGCAUGGACGAGAACCCGUUUGCUAGUAUACAUUUCCAACAUGGUAUCACUGCCCCUGUUGCAACAUCAUUUACAACAAAAAAAUGUCCUUUACUAGAAAAAGAUUACCUAAAAGCAUAUAACGUACGACCUCAAACAGCAGUGUCACGUGACUUUUCGUCACGUCCAACAUCCGGGCACAUCAGUAUAUAUGUGAACUCACGACCAAACUCCUUUAGAUGACGUCAGUAUUUUAUAUAAUCCACGUUUCUUAGUUACAUACGUAUGCAUAUAUAUGUGUAUAUAUGACAUGUAACCAGUGGUCAUUUAUGUUAACGUGCAUUACCUUCCACAAAGCGAUGAGGAUAACGUUUCACUUCGGUAUACCGUAAAUGAAUUUGUUUCCUAACUCUAGAUCUUCAUAGGAAAGGACAGCACUCUGGAGAGGUCCCAGCAAUUGCCAAUCGUGAUAAUUCCUCAUUAUGACAGCUAUAGUUAUCUACACUUAACAUCAAGUUUUUUAUUGUACCAUAAAUGAUUUAUAGUAAAAUUCAGUAACAUAGACAAGCUGCAACUACGAUUAUAAACGCAGAAAGAUCAUUUUUAAAUAAUAAUCACAGAUAUUGCAAUAUUUUUUCAUAUUGUAUCACUGACAUACUUCAGCACACCGGCGUCUAGAGUAAAGGGACAUAACUCAUAUAUACUUACGAGUUACAUGGAGUAAUUACCACAUUAUGAAGAAGAUUAAAUGUUCUAUGGGUGCUUACCAAGGAACAGAUUUUAAGAAAUACCUAAAGUAUAUUCGAGGAUUAUAUUAACAUACAUGUAUACUAAAAUGGUAUUGCUAUAAUUAUAUGCAGGAAUUAACAGACUUAUAUAUUUCCUACUACAAUAAAUACAACACGUUCCACACACGAUUAUAGCUAAAUCUUGCUGAAUAAGAUGUAUUGUUUAUUUUUUAUGACUUUACAGCCUCGCAAAAGCUAAGGUCAUGUAACAC